UGCGCACUCUGCUCCAGCGCCGCCAGUCACUGAGAGCACCUGGAACGUACCACCUCGGGCGCGCACCUGGGAGGCGGGCACCUGGAACGUACCAUCCCGGCGCGCACCUGGGAGGCGCAAACCUGGAACGUACCACCGGAGGCACGCACUUGGAACGUACCAACAUUACCUGCAGCUCCCUGGCGCGUGGCAGGAUCCGAGCCCGGACGCAAUGGAAAAUAAUGGAAGUAAGAAUAAGAAUGCUAAAAAGAGUGUUUCACAUGAAGAGGAUAGUGGGAAUGAAGUUCAACAGGGAGCCCAGGAAGAACUUCUCUUUCAUGAGGAAACCAUUGAUCUUGGUGGGGAUGAAUUUGAGUCUGAAGGGAAUGAGACCAUCUCAGAAGAUUCCAAUAACUUUUUAGAUAAACUUAAUGAACAUAUGAUGGAGAGUGUUGUUAUUUCAGAUUCUCCAAACAAUAGUGAAGAUGACACUGGUGAACUUGGUUGCCUGCGGGAGAUUGUAGAGCAAAUGGAAGCCAAAAACAUUCAUGUAGCAGAGGAAGUGGAUAAAGAAGUCCUGAGUAAUGAGAGUGAAAUGGAAGAAGAAGAAACACCCAAAGAUGUUUCUGACAUUGGAACAGAUGAUCAGGCAUCUUUAAAGGAGGAUUCAAUUCAAGAAGCACCAAAAAUUGGACAGAAAGUAGGAGACGAAGUUCCAACGGCCUCAACACCAAGUGAUAUUGAUGAAAGUAAAACCGAAGAGCAAAUAUCAUCACCACUUGCCAGCAGAUCAUCUCCUGACGCUGAGCCAAUCCCUGUGUGCACCAUUUUCAGUCAAGCAAGCCAUGCUAAUACUCAACUACAGUUGUUCCUACAUGAUGGCUUUGAGCCUCAGAUGGUAAAGUCUCCUAGUUUUAGCAGUGUAAAUGAGACUCCAGCGAAGUCUCAGCCACAGGUGGUUCAACCAAGUCCUAGUCUAAGCAAGUUUUUUGGUGAUACUGUUAACACUAAUACUCUAGCUUCUGAUUUUUUUGAUUCAUUUACUACAUCCGCUUUUAUUUCUGUCAGUAAUCCUAAUGCAAGCUCUUCAGUACCAGAACAAAUGUCAUCUCUUUCUACAGUCGGAGAUCGUUCACAUGCCUCUGCUGACCCCAUCUAUGCAGGAGGAAAUGAGAGAUCUGAAGCAGGUGGCCCCCCAGCAUCUUUAGAAAUAUCAGAGUCUCCCAAACCAUUUUCCCAGAUCCAAGCUGUUUUUUCUGGAAGUGAUGACCCCUUUGCCACAGCCUUGAAUAUAAGUGAACUAGACAGAAGAAAUGAUGCCUGGCUUCCUAGUGACGAAACCAGAAAUGUUUUAAUCUCAGUAGCCACACAGCAGUACAGCACCGUGUUCAUAGACAAAGAGAACCUCGCUAUGCCUGGAUUAAAAUUUGACAAUAUCCAGGGAGAUGCAGUAAAAGACUUACUGCUCCGCUUUCUUGGGGAACAAGCUGCAGCGAAGAGACAAGUUUUAAAUGCCAACUCUGUAGAACAGUCAUUUGUAGGCUUAAAACAGCUAAUUAACAGCAAAAACUGGAGGGCAGCUGUUGACCUAUGUGGACGACUUCUUACUGCCCAUGGCCAAGGCUAUGGCAAAAAUGGACUGCCUACUAAUCAUACAACAGAUUCUUUGCAGCUGUGGUUUGUGAGACUGGCACUGUUGGUGAAGUUAAAUCUCUUCCAAAAUGCAGAAAUGGAGUUUGAACCAUUUGGAAACCUAGACCAACCUGAUCUCUACUAUGAGUAUUAUCCUCAUGUAUACCCUGGUCGAAAAGCAACACUGGAUUUCAUACAACUGACAGAGUUAUUUGUGGUAGAAAACAGGAGCUCUAGACAAGCAUUCGAUUUCAGGAUUACAUAUUUGACUGAAAAAUGAAGAUCUCGAAGCAUAGAGAUUUUGACUUUGUGGCCCACUUGUUAUUUAACAGCCAGGCAUACCAAC